AUGCUAUACUGGAAUGGAAAAUCAGCUGUUGAUGCUUCUCCCGUUGGAAGAGAGAUCGAGGCAUUGCGGAGGCUGAGAAAAUUUACAGCCGAAUGCAAAGGAAAACCACUCAAGGGAUCCAAGAAUGGUGCCAACGAGAGCAUAUUUGGCACGAACUUUUCCUGUAAAAUUUCCUCAUGGCUUGCUAUGGGGUGCCUUUCUCCUCACUCCAUGUUUGACGAGCUCAAGAAGUCUACUUCGGGUGUAAUCUUUGCUGCCUUCAACGAGAAAGAUGGUGGCAGUAGCUCAUCAGUACCGGCUUAA